AUGAAGGCUAAAGCUUUGUCAGUGAGAGAGUGCGCCUGGUUCACAGAGGAGUGCCACCGAGAGGAUGGUCUUGAAGACUCUCAGAGGGAUGGCCUGUGCUUACCAAACAUCUUCAGGUCCAAAAAAGUCAAGCCGCUCAUGAGAACUCAAACUGGACCCACUUACCAGGUCUACUACACAGCUAAAGAGCUUCUUCUGGAGGUGCUGGACAGAGGAGCAGUACGGGAGCUGAUCAGGAGGGCAGCUGGAGUGAAAUCAGGAGGAAAGAAUCAGAACAGAGAGCAGAGCGUAGAUGUGUCUGAAGGAGAGUAUGCAGAGGUGCUAACAUGGUUCUCCAUAGUCCUACAGGGCGGUCUGUCUGUAGGAGAGAACCACAGCUUUGGAUCAAAGCUGUCUCUGAAACUGGACGGCUGGCAGGGUGUCCUAAAGAGGAACAGCUUUCAGACAAACCUUCUGUCUCUGACCAGACUGGAGGACGGGGACAAGUUGGAGAUUCUCUCUUCUUUCUGUAGCCACAUAACAAGGAGGUACCAGGCCCUGUACAUACCUGGUCCUAACCUGGCUGUGAAGAAAUACAGACUUGUGUACCAGCAGAGACUUUGCUCUCUUCAUCUGGCCAUCCUCUGUGAUUUGAACUCAGGAUUCAUCUGUAACGUGUAUCUGUACUGUCCAGAGCAGCUCCAGAAGCAGAGUCGUAAAACUGUAGUCGAGCAGGUGUUGGGUCAUCUGCUGAGACCUCUCUGUAGCAACAGACACCGGGUCCAGCUGGACAAAUCUGCCUGGAUGGAGGGGAGGCUCACAGACAUCUUCUCAACUUUAGGGGUUGACAUCAGUUUUGCUCCAUCAGCCCAACAAACAUCUGAAGACUCACUGUCUGGACUCAUAGCUCAUCUGCAGGGCUGGACCGGACCGGCUCUGUUUCCCCUGACAGAUCUGAAAGGACCCGCAGUGGAUGUGUUUCUCCCUGGGAUAUGGGCGGCGCUGCACAUCAUCUGCAUCAAUACGUUUGUGCUCCACACUCUGCAGAGCUCAGGCUCACGCAGACAGGUUCAUCUCCCAGAGUUCACCAAAGGUCUGGCCUCUCAGCUGGCCGUGGACAGCAGCGUCACUGUGCCUGUUCUGCAGAGACUCAACAGCACGUCGUACCAGGAGACAGGGUCAACAAAUCUAUCCAAGCAAAGGUCAGUGAGACUGUGCGUUACCACCUCAUAUCAGCCUUUAGGUAAUAGUUUUAUUAAAAGACAGAGAGCAACCUAAGUGACAAAACUUUCUCCAUCAGAGCUCCUCAACUUUGGAAUGACGUGCCAGAGGAGAUAAGGCGUGCAGAAAUAGUUACUUCUUUUAAGUCCAAUUUCAAAACUCAAUUUUAGAGACCUGCUUUUAUGUUAUGCCAUCUUUUGUCUUUUAUCUUUCAUCUCUUAUCUUCUUUACCUCUAUCUUAAUUUGGCUUUACUGUCUUUUUAGCUUUUGUUAUACUUAUACUCUUUUCUUAAUUAACCUUUUAGGCCUUUUAUUGUUUUAUAUUUUGCUCAUUUCUGUUGCUCUAUUUUAUCAUUACUAUUAUUAUCAGUAUUACUUUAUUAUUUUUAUCAUCAUUAUUGAUAUCGUCUUUUAUAUUUACUAUACUGUUUUCAACUUUCAAUCCCUGUUUUUUAGGUAUUUUCUUUUUCUUGCCUAUUUUAUGUUUUUAUAUUGGUACUCAUGGUCAUGUUAUUAUUAUUAUUAUUAUUAUUAUUAUUAUUAUUAUUAUUAAUAAUAAUAAUAAUAAUAAUAAUAAUAAUAAUAAUAAUAAUAAUAAUAAUUUUUGUCAUUUUUAUUAUCAUUGUUGUUAUUGUAGUUAUCAUUAUUAUUAGUAGUAUGAUUAUUAUUAUAAUUUUUUUAUUUUUUGUUUUUUUACUUGAUGGAUCACUUGAUCAUAAAAAAUAUUGAAUAAAAUUAUGACAGAAAAAUUAGAGUUUCUGAUUUCUGCUCUUACAGAUUAAAUACAAGCAUUCCUAUUCAGCUGGAAAAAGAGAAGCGAGGCAGGAGCUCCCCAGUGAGGCUUCAGAGGCUGAACAGACCAGGAGUCUGUGGAUUGGACAACUCCGGUAACUCCUGCUACCUGAACGCAGUCUUACAGUGUCUCUGCUCCACCGUGCCCCUGGUGGAGAACCUCCUGAAUCCGGACACACGCAAAGAGCUGGCCCGGUAAGACCACACACACACAGCGUUCUGUGUCUGACUCACAUUCAUGUUGACAGACGUGUUUUUGAAGCUGUUUAACCUAUGUCCAUGCAGAUCCAAGUGCCGGGUGGCUGAAGUGUUUGUGCGUCUGCUGCAGGAGAUGUGGUUCGGAAAGAGCUCCAGCUGUGCACCUGUGGAAGCCAGAUCUAUGCUGACCUCCAUCCUCCCCCAGUUCAACAACUACUCCCAGCAGGACGCCCAGGAGCUGCUGCUCUUCCUGCUCAACACCCUCCAUGAAGAUCUCAAAAAGGUUAGUGCAGCGAUUUUUCAUGCCUCCUCAGAUAAAUCCUCACACUUACGGAGAGACUUGGUGUUUGUUUACAAGGUGUCCAAGCGCCAGAUUCACUCCUCCUUAAGGCAGCAAAGACAAGCCCAGAACAGGAGCCAUGCCACCGCAGCGGGGGAGCCCACCAUCGUCUCUCAUCUGUUUGAGGGCCAGCUGAGCUACAUGACCCUGUGCAUGCACUGUGACCACCAGGCUCACAGCACACAGACCUUCACGGUUCUGUCUCUGCCAAUACCAACAGGCAGCAUAAAGUGCUCCAUUCAGGUACAUCAGGUCACCCUGCACCAUUUACAACUGUUUCCUGACGAGCUUGUUCUGUUACUUUGGAUGGUUUUGCUUGUAUUGAAGUGACUUUGUAAAGCCCUGUUAUUAUAUAAACAUCUGAAUAUAAAUGAAUGAUGAUCAUAUUGUAGUUUUCGGUUAUCGUAUUCUGUCUCUGGGAUGUGCAGGACUGCCUGUCGCUGUUCUUUGAGCAGACUAUCCUGACAGGCGGGGAGCAGAUGCUGUGUUCAGUGUGUGGACUGAGGAGAGAAACAGCAGUGCUGACCUGUUUAGACAAACCUCCAGAGAUCCUCAUGUUACAUCUAAAACGGUGGGUGAGAAAAGUCGCAGCAAAGAUAAAGAUGAUACCUUGUAAUAAAAGACUUGAACAAAGACGUGAUGCUUACAGUCGAAUCAACAUGAGAGAAAACCGUCUCAUUCAAAGGUCUUCUUCAUCACUGGUUAGGGGCUCUGAAUCAUGUCACAUGAUCACAUCUGUGAUAGAUCUAUCUUCAUAUACUUUAGUUUUUCUUUAUAUCAUUUACUAAACAACCUGCAGACAAAUUAAUAAUAAUUCAAAUGCUGUUAAAUCAGCCACAUCUAAAUUUUUUCCUCCAUACAGUUUAAAUAUUUCACUACAUUAUGAUGUGUUGCUUCCCUCUCAUUGGUCAUAAAUUUCUAUUUUUGCCUUCAAACAUUCAUAAAGUGCUAUUUUUUGUAUUAAAACACAGAGUUUUACUGUUAUUACCCACCGAAUGUUAUAUACACAGAGUAACAGUGAUCCUUAAGAUACCUUCAUAUUGAGCCACAGACCCUCACAAUCACCAACAGGCUGCCUUGAACUCAUUCAAGAGGACUCAGCCUGUGGUUUUGGGCAAAUGCGAGUAUUGUACUCCAUAAUGGAGAGCUACUGUCUGGGCGCAUUGGUCUCCAACCUGGAGGCACCAGAGAUCUCAAGAGAGAGAGUUAUGCUGACAGGGUGUUAAAAUUAGAUAUGCAUAAAUUCACCAGUUCAUAUAACUGUCUGUAGAUAGUUAAUAAAAAUUUAACCCUUAACCUGAAUGUUACCUUUUGGUGUAAUGCACCUUUUUUUUUUCUAUGAGUCCAGAGGGAUGGUUCAGCUUUUCUAAGGGGGAAUCCAAGCUAACUACUGUCAUAGAGUGAGUGUUGUGAGUAUUAGUACUAAUGCCCACUGUGAUCAUUAAACUCUCUGCAGGUUUGGUUGUAAGGGGAAGAACCAGGUGAAACUGAAAAACAACGUUUUGUUCUCGAUGAGGCUCGACCUAAACCCGUUUCUAUCCAGCGCACUGCAGAACGGCGUAUAUUCCUCAUACCGCCUUUAUGCUGUUGUGGUAAGUUCUCACACACAACCACAGAAGAGGCAGCUCUGAAAUAAAGCAGUUGUUAGAUCUUCAUAUUGUGUUUCUUUUGACGACUGAAAUAACGAUGGCAAACUGUUUCAAGUAGCUCCAAUCGCAGUAAAACAGUUUUGUUUUUUUUUUCACUUUGAGCUGCUGCGGCACUGUAAGAUAUUAUUUCAUCUUUGACCCAGUAAGCAGCCCGCCCCCCUUUACCUGUAAUUGGCUAACACGUUUCCUUUGAUCAAUUGGAUUGGUUGGAUUGAUUGACAUGUCAAGAUAGAUGGGAUUAACUGAAGAUGACUACUCUGACGGAAAAAACAAACCCCAAAUCAAAUUAACAGAAAUUUUUGCUUUUAGUCCAGGGUGGGCACGGACCCCCAAUGCCCCCCCAUGCCGCCGGGCCUGGUUAUAACUCUCACAAUGUUAUUUGUGUGCUUAUAACCACUUAAGGAUUUUAGAUGGAUUUACAAAGCUUCCUAAAUGUGAUAAUAACACAUUAAUUACAAAAGUAUUCCCAGAUUUCUCUCUUUGGUGCUUCGAUCGCUGUCAUACCCUGGGGUUGAAAACACUCUCCUUCUCCAGAACCAUUCAGGUCAUCUGAACAUGGGUCACUACACAGCUGCGUGUCACAGUUCCCUGACUCGGACUUGGCACUGCUUUGAUGACUCAGCGGUCAGAGAGGUCCAGGACAGCCAAGUUCAAUCUCCAAAUGCCUACAUGCUGCUCUACAGCUGCAAACCCUUCCAAAAGCCAAAGAUCAGCGGACUUUGAGCUCUUUGACCGGCAAACAGGAGCUUCCAACCGAGUCAGAACAUCUUCUAGAAGUCUGAUAAUAAAUAAUGGAACACAGUCUGGUGUUGUUAUAUAUUUACUCCAAAUAAAUGCAAAGAUCCAACCAUCACUUGCCUGUCUGAUUUUUUUCCACUUCUAAACAUCAGGACCGAAGGAUAUACAGGAGAGCGUCCACUCAUCCUGUGGUCGUGUUUGCUAUUUUAUCCCGGAGCAGAGAUUCAGAGAGACACGAAGAGUAAUUUGAAGCAGUUUUAAUAAAUAGUCAUAUGAGCUGUUUGAGGUUAAUAUAAUCGUUAUAUCUGAAACAAAUUAUUUUAGAGAAAUAAAAUCAACAUGUACAAGUAAAAAGAAAACAGGUUAUGAUCUCAUGCUAGGCAAUAAAACUGUAAUCAGUAAGAGGAGAGUCAAAUCCUGCCAGCCCACAUCUCUGGUCCAAGAGUAUCAGUAUAUGUUGUGCUUGCUCUGGUCAGUCAGUAAGUCAGUCAGUCAGUCAGUCAGUCAGUCAGUCAGUCAGUCAGUCAGUCAGUCAGUCAGUCAGUAAGUCAGUCAGUCAGUCAGUCAGUCAGUCAGUCAGUCAGUCAGUCAGUCAGUCAGUCAGUCAGUCAGGCAGCAAAUGUUGGUGAGAGUGAGAAAGUCAAUUUGUCAUGUAUUCAUAUUCUCAUGGGUCAGAAAUAAACAAAUUAGUCACAGAAAUAUUAAUUUCAGCCUGUUAGAAACUCGUUCCUUCAAAUCCAGCAUCGCCAGUCAGAGCCAAGACGGAUGCCCAGUUCUCCCAGUUGAGUUUUCCUCUAAAUUCCUUAUCUGAGUAUAUUAAUGUUGUCGUUAAACAGAGAGAAAAUACUACAACAAAGACAUUUUCCAAGCAGGUUUCUCUGUUUCCGCCCGGACAGAGGAGACAGUCGAGAUCACAGCAUCGGUAUUAUUUAAAGCAUUCUGAGUCGAGGGUUAAUGUCUGCUGUUAAAACAACGUGAUCCACAUAAACAACAGAACUUGAUUGCAUAUUGUGUGAGUGCAACAAUGCGGCGGAUAUGAACAAGCAACAAUCUCAAUCCCUCCUCUCUUCCAAGAAUGCACAAUGUCAACAAUCACAGUCUCUACCAUCUUAAAGAUCAUGUGAAACAUCAGAAGGCUAAACCCCAAAAUCAGGCGGUUAUUUUGUUUGAGUAUGAUGACGCUAUGAUGGCUGCUACUUUGAAGACAAAAUUAUAAGAAUUUGGUCACUUAACAGAGAAACACCUUGCCCUCGAGUAUUUACAUGUCUAAAUGUGCAACAUCAGCAUUGGUAAGUAUGUACAUGCCGUCUCAAUCUUCAGGCUGCCCCGUACAGGAAAGCUGGAAAUCAGUUCUGCGUUGGCGGAGUGCAACAGAAAAGACAGUGAGGCGCAUCUGAACCAGCUGUCUGCCCUACAACACCACCAUCAUGGUACAGAAGUAAAGGGAGCAUCUGAUUCAUCUCUAGAUUAUCAGCAAAAUGAGCAGACGGCAUGUUUUAACAGGUAUACAGUCUUCUAGUAGCUGAAGCAUUGCACCUUUUUCCAGUCCGCAACAAACAGGGGGGCUCUCGCAGCCGCACGCCAGAGGAUGUCCAAGCGUGCACAUACAAAGCUGUUGAGCCCGCGGCUGCGUGCACCAGGUCCUCAGAACUCCCGAUUUUAAAAAAGAGAAAGAAAAAAAAGGAAAUCAACCUCAAGACCCGAGUGUCGCUGCCCCCUGGUGUAGUGUUCUUCUCUCUUCGUGUUUUAUAGCUCCAUCACAGGCUGGAGUAAAACAGGAUGUAGGCUGCGGAGGACUUGACAGAGGAGGUGGAGAUGUCAGACACCUCAUGGUCGUCAAACUUGUACCAGCGCUGUUUGGGGGCGUUCUUACAGUAGGCAGUGUAAUGGCCGCCGUCUAAACCGCCGUAGUGGUUCUAGCAGGGGGAGAGAAGAACACGAAACACACAGUCGACAUUAAUGAUAGUUACUUCUAUUACUUUUUUAAUCUGUCCUGCUUUCAAGAGCCCCCAAAAC